AUGGAGAUGGCCGACGGCAAUCUGAAGGGAUCGCUCUCACAGUUUCCCACCAUUGAGUUUCACAUACCCAAGAAGGGCAAGCACAAACAUUUGCUUGUGGAGAACUUUGACUUUCAGGAUCGAUCUAUGGUGGAUGUUCCGGGUUUGACCUUCAAACCUGACCCCAGUGAUCAAGCACAGUUUCCUGAUCCUCCAGCUCCACAGCCAACCGCGCAAUCCUUUUCCCGUGCUUCCAGACCAUCAUUUCUGGAUCGCCCUUAUUGGCAGCAACGAAUUUGGCAGAUUUUGCAGGAGGAAGGAGUUUUUGAUGAAGCAGCUGAUGGACCAGUCUUCUACAUGAACACCUACUUCAUCUGCCAUCUUACAAACCGGAGACAGGACAGUGGACGCCCAGUAGGAUUCAGCACAGACAUUGAGUCCUGGGAGAACGACAUGCGUUUCAUGUGGGAAGACCUUGUCAACCCCAACCUGCCGAUCUUUGCACAUGUCGUGCAACCUGACCCACCGGUGAGCAGAAGGCCAGGAACUUUCGGCACUUUGAUCAUUGUUCAGAAUCCCACACCAUUACGUGCCGCAUGUUUGACAACGUCCAUUGAGCCAGCUCUUCCACGCAUCAAGAUUGAAGAGGUUGCACAUUCCCUUGACAGCAUUCUGCCCUACCGGCAUGUGAUCUUUCACGCAGGAGCCAGUGCCGUCUGUGAUGAUAGAAGCGCACGAGGCCUUGGAACUUGUGAUAUUCUUGUCGGACGGCGUGUUCUACCUCAAGGGCAACCGGUGCGGAUCUAUGAUGGAAUUGGACUUGUCAUCAACAUCCCACCUCCUCUUCAACCUGCGGAUUGGGAGCAACACUUUUUGGCCAGUCAUGGAAUUGAACCACCGAACAAUGACGAGGUCUCAUGGAUGAACCUUGGCACCCGGACCUCUUCGUCCUCUAGUUCAUCCACCUCGCCUGACAGACCUGAGACACAUCAACAUCAACAACCGGAUCCACAGGAUUCAGCCUUCUCUACGGACGAACACUCCUCUUGCAGCAAUACCACGGGUAAUGGAACCGCCAAUUGGAGAGACUUUGUUGUCUUCACCAUUCCUGGCCCAACAGCGCAGCUGUCCUUACCGUGGCACAAUGAAGAAGAAUUUUACCAUUUGAUUGAGGAAGCCUUUGGCCUCAAUGAGCAGGAGAUCGUGCAAGUCCAUCAAGUGCGGCAUACGCCCAGUGACAUUGCCGAUACCAAUCAUGAAUGCCUCAUUGUCCAGACUACGGCACACCCUCCAAGUGCAGCUAUCAUGCGACUGGUCAUUGUCGACAUUGAAGUGCACACGGAAGACUACACUACACCAGUCGUGUUUGCCAGGCGUGCAUGUUGGCUUCCCGAGAUAGCCACACGACUGACAGUGUUUCGCCUUCUGGGCAUUGAAGAGUACUUCUGGGCAGACCCUGAUCGAGCUCACAUCUGGCUCAACUUUGACUGGAUCGCGCAGGAUGACACACGUGCCAUCACCAUCUACAAUGGCGAUUAUUUGGUCACGACCAUUGGUGAAGAAGCACUUCUAGGUUCUCUUUCUCCCCAUGACUUUGCCAUGACACCGGAGACGGAAACCCAUCUUGACGAUGCACGUGAUCUACAAGAUGACACCCUAUCUCUCUUUCAUCAUGACCUGCGACUUGGACAACCAUUGCCACGCCAAUGUCAAAGCGAUCACAAUUCUACGUCCUAUGCCACAGCUGAUCUGCCUCCCAUGCCAGCCACUCGGAGAACAGGACCAAGGAGGAGAUUCUUUCAAGCGGGCUGGAGCACUUCCUUAGAAAAUCGCUUUGCCAGAACAGCCUUCACUGAGAUGGCAGAGGAAGGACGAGUUGCCUAUAUGGUCACUUGGUACCUCAACAAACGAACCUUCCCUACCUGCUUGACAUCCCGUACGGUGAGACUUACCGAUGAUAUCUCUACCUGGGAAGAUCAGAUUGUUGCAGCCUGGGAAGACUUGUUCAUCUUUCAGGCGGAAGCCCUUCUUCACUGGGUUCAUCCAAUUCCGCCACAGAGUACGCUUUCCAGUCAUGUGGGCCAUUUGAUUCUUGAACAAGAACCAGAUGAAGACUCGGCGGCGAUUGUCCUUACGACCCAUAGAGUCAGACAACCCACCACCUUCAUUCAGCAAGCAGCCCACAUUGUUCCUGGACUGAUACACAGAAAUGAUCUUCUUGACCGAGCUCAACUACAUGAUUCUGAACAACAUCUACGUUCACUAUGUCGAAUCCAUCAGGGAGGCAUACCAUUUGGCAUCGCAGAUCGACGCCUUGAACCGGAGCCCAUCACCAGUGGUUUGAGUUUGGAUAUUUUUCUUCCUUCAGCUCAACCACCCCCAUCAUGGAUCUCGACGACAACCCCAUCGGGCUUGCAGUCUUUGGUUCUACUUGGCUCUGGAGAACCUCUCCCUGAAACUGGUGGAGCAACCAACAGUGACGAUGAAAUCAUUCUGAUGCAAAGAAGCUCAUCUGGGUCUCAACAUGGAAGUUGCACAGCUGAGGCUGAUGCGACAAACCAACCAGAUCAGCAUCCUACAUCAGAGGACCAUUCAUUCUGCUUCAACGCCAAUGCACCAGCUUUUCAGCCUGGCCUACCUGUCAUUGCAGCUCAGAAUGAAUUUGUCCAGGAUUUACACUCCAUUUGGGAUGCCAGGGCUUUUAGUUGGGAGGAGGAAGAACGUUCCACGCGGAUUUUGACCUUCUUCACGGAUCAUCGCUUUCCCCAUCUACGAUGUGAUCAUGGACGACCUGUCCGUCUUUUUGCGGAUUUCACUGAUUGGGAGCGACAAAUCCACCUGGCAUGGCAUGAUCUAAUUGUUCCAGGCAUCCCAUCAGAACUUCAGAUUGUGCACCCACAUCCUCCACAGCUUGGGCCAGACUAUGUCGCUUGUGUUGUUCUUGUACAAGCUCCCAGGGAGGAUUUAGUGAGUCCACUCAUCACCCUUUUUGAAGGAGCACACCAUUUGUACCUUCGUGGCAGGAGUGCGGUGACAGUACAUGAACACAUUUUCCUGGAGCACAUCGCAUACAGUUUGGGACUUCAUGACCACUGUUUCGGGGAUGCUGCCACACAUCAAUGCCAAGCAUGGUAUCAGGGCAUACCACUCAUUGCAGGACGAGCUUUACCUGGACGAACGGGCAAUGGCAUCAUCCUGCAACUCCGGACUGUACAGCAUGUGACAGUGAACCGUAGCAGAGGAGUCGAAGGAGUGUCACUACUUCAACGCCAAGUCAGACUUCAUGCGCCACGAUCCAUCCCAGAGAUCGAUGCUGCUGACGCUGAUGAGCUGAAUGUCACAGACACCCAGAUGCGUGUGAUCGAUUUGAUACCGGGAGCUCCCAUGGCUCCGCUUCCAGACCGUGUCGAGAUUGCCAAAGAUGGGGGUCAGAAGGAACUUGAAGCAGAACUCCUUGCUUGGGGACAUCGUGGUAAAGCUAUCAUUUUCGAUGACCAUGACAAGGCAGCGUGCUUUCCUCCAGGUUGGCAAGUUGAUGAAGGCUUUAACUACAUGUUCUGUCACUCCGACGCCACAGACAACAAGGGGGCCUUCCUACAUUCAUGUAGCUCUGCUCUGCCGGAAAUUGACCUCCUCCGAUUCUUGUAUCGCUGUGGAUAUCAACGUGCAGUCGUCAACUAUUGCACUGAGGUUGCACCCCAUUUCUACAAGGUCAACUUCACUGAUCAGCAAGUGGCACAACUCGGCGCUACACCGAAGGACAAACCAUCUGCACAUUGGCCAGCUCCACAACCACGAUGCUCUUCUAAGGCGGUUCCUUUUUCAUUUGGUACGUCCUUCUCUACUGAUCAACUACUUCGUACCAGCAUCUCCCACCAAGAUCUUCAAGGAUUCUUUGGUUCCCAUGAUGGCAUCUUCCACAAGGAUCCCUGUGGGUUUGAGUUUCCAGAAGAAGUUCUGCAAGCAAUCAAUGCCUGUGACCCGACGUUAUGCUGGGAGGAUCUGGACCGCUUGAUCAUUUAUGCCGAUGGAUCCUCAGCUGGGGCGGGCAGACACCUUCCACCCCUGCGAGCUGCAGAAGAAGGCAGUGGAGACGCUUGGGCCUACGUAGUGCUCGGGGAAAGACAUUGCGGAGAACCCUGGAAUGAACUCUGUGACUUCCUCGCGAAGCUUGAGAUUCACAAGAGCCAGUACUUCCGCAGACCGGCCCUGACAAUGCGCAUGUGGCGCCCUGCAUUGAGCUAUCUAUGGAUGAUUCUCAGCCAACAAGAUGGACUGCCCCGUUUUUGUGGUGAAGGCUUUCAUGUUCCUCCUCCACAACUUCCUGCUCCACGACCAGAUCAGCCACUGGACUCAUCACAGCGGCCUACUGUUGCAGUUUCCUACUACUUCAGUCUGUGUACGGCCAAUGUCAAUUCUUUGAGUGCUGGUCCUGACGGUCACCGUGGCAAGCUUGAUUAUUUGCGUAAGCAGUUCAUUCACCUGGGACUCAAUGUUCUUGGAGUCCAAGAAGCCCGCACACCUUCUUCCCAUACCUUUGUGGAUCAGGUGAUUCGAUUGACUUCAGGAAGCAAGAGCACUCAACUUGGCGUCGAACUCUGGAUCAACACAGCCCAACCAUAUGGCUGGUGUGAAAAAGCUGCACUUCAUUUCAAACGUGAGCACUUCCAGGUGGUUCACAAAGAUCCUCGAGCCCUUCUGGUACAUGCAGUUUGUCCUCACUUUGAUGCAUGGUUCCUUGUUGGUCAUGCGCCACAUAGCGGUGUUGAUGAAGAAACUCGCCUAGCUUGGUGGGACCAUUUUACUGCUCUGGGGGCUCGGAGAACAUCUGGAACCCAACUUUUUGUCAUGGUGGAUGCAAAUGCUGCCCCAGGGGGUUGGGAUGGUUCUGCUGUCCUUCGACGCGAUUUAAAAUCCAGCCCAAGUACUCCAUUGUGGAGAGACUUUCUACAAGCUUGUCAUCUUGGACUACCAUGUACAAGUGCCAUUCACCAAGGUGAUUUAGAGACUUGGAUCUCUCCUGAUGGAGCCACACAGCAUUGCAUUGACUACAUCGCUGUUGACCUGGACCUGAUGGAAGCUUGCACCUUUUCGAGCAUCGUCGAGGACUUUGACCUUGGCCAUGCCCAAUGGGACCACACAGCAACGGCAGUGCAGAUGCAAUGGAAGAGAAGCCACCAGGCCCUUCCUAAACCUGCUGUGCGAAAGACCAAGUUUGCUCCACACAAGAUCACGACCCAGAAGAUUGAGGACAUUCUUCAAGGGUAUUGCACUUCAUCCUGGGACACCAACAUCGAAGCUCAUGUUGAAGGAUUCAAUGCUCAUAUCAUACAAGGGCUACAUCAAUCCUGUCCUCAGGGAUCAGACGCACCAAAGAAGCCUUACAUAGAUGAUCAAAUUUGGGAGCUCCGGAAGGCCAAGCUCGGCAGACGUCGCCAACUCAAGGACAUCGGGAGACGGCUCCGCGAAGAGACCAGAGUUGUGGUCUUCCAACGCUGGAAGAAGCUUCGACAUUGCCCACAGGAUCCAAUCUCUGAUUCAUCUGUGGAUUCAGUCUUCUUCGAUUAUGGCAGCAGUCUCCUAUGUUACAAACUACAUGCUUGGAGUGCUCUACGUGCGGAUUCGAGACAGCUCCGUCUUCGACUACGUUCUGCUAGACAACGUCACAUCCAGCAUUGCUUUGAACAUAUGGACCCGGGAGCUUCGGCAUCGACUAUUCUGCAUACGCUCCGGCCUAUCACUGGACCUUCCAACCUCAAGAAGCUGAAGACCACCGCACUUCCAUAUUUGCAGAAAGAAGACGGUAGUCAUUGCCAGAAUCCUCUGGAAGCGAGAGAGGAAUGGAUCCGAUUUUUCCAGCAGAUGGAGGGAGGCACUCGUCUCUCCCUAAAUGAGCAGCGGGACCAGUGGAUAGCCUCGCUUGGCCUUUGGAAGCAUCUAGCGGACCCGCAUGCCACGGCACUUGCGCAACUUCCUCCACAAGCUCAACAUGUUCUUCGGGCUCUACACAGCGAGACACAUUUUCAUCUUCGUGGACAAGAUGAUGUCUGCAAAACAAAAGUUGGCACCAGGCCGGGAGACUGCUUUGCAGAUGUAGUGUUCUCCUACUUGUGGGCCCGGCUCUUGCAUGGACUUCAAGAGCGUUUUCGUGAGUUUGGGCUGGAGAAUGUGAUUCCUGCACAUCCAACAUUCGAACCGUUUGGCGUUCCACAGGACGAUCAGCUGGGUGGUCCGACCUCAGCGUUCAUUGGUCCUACAUGGAUGGACGAUCUCUGCCUAUGCGCGUCAGCGGAAGAUGCUUUAUCCUUGGAGCGCAAGGUCCGUCUUUGUACCUCCUGGCUACUUACAGCCUGCCGCCAGUUUGCCAUGACGCCCAAUCUCAAAACUGGCAAAACAGAAAUUUUUCUGUCAUUGCGCAGACGCCAUUCUCAUCAGAUCAAGAAGAAAUAUUUUGGUCCGUCCGCGUCCGGACUCAUGAGCAUCAUUGAUGAGGACAAGACCCAUCAAGUUCGGGUUGUGAGUGGCUACCAACACCUUGGCGGUUGGGUUCGCCACAAGCAGGACAAUGUGGCGGAGAUCCGGAAGAGGAUUGCCAUCGCUCAUACCACAUUUACGCAGCAUCGAAAGACACUCCUGCAGAAUGCCGGCCUCAGCCUGCGUCGAAGGGUGGAACUGUUUCGAAGCCUCAUCCUAAGCAGACUUUUGUAUGGAGCUGAAUCCUGGACCAUUGGGACUCAGAAGUUCAAGCACUACUUGCACUCUGCUAUUUUGCGGCUAUAUCGGCGGCUUCUUCCUGACCUUCGAGUCCUAGAGGCACAUCAUCGAAUUCUGGAUGAGUUCAUCACCUUGGGGCACCUCUCGGAUUCCAUUUUCCAUGAGGGCUUGGACGAAGGCUUGCGUGAAGCACUGGCCGAAAGAGAAGAUUUGCAAUCCUCCCACAACAUUGAGCAGAUCAUUCGGGACGCGAUCCAUGCGCGCCAUGUAUCCUGGACAUCGUGUUCGGCCACCCUACGCUACCUCAUCGAGCACAUCACCAUUGACGAUGCGGAGGCGAUCGGGCUGGCGCACAGGGAGUUUGUCAACGUCCUGAACUACCUCAACAAUGGCGCGGCAUGGAGUUUCCUUGGGCAUGAUCGACGACAAGGACCUCCCCGAGCAGAGAUCGAGCAGAUCCAUGCCAUCUUGGAGCACGAAAGUACCUCCACAGGAAGGGACUUUCUGCAAGUUCCUACACCCAGGCCCUUUGGGCGGCACCGCUAUGUGCUCCACGCAUUUUCAGGCCGUCGACGUCUCGGGGAUUUCCAGUAUUUCCUUGACCGUGCUGGAACUGCGGAUGAUGGAUUUGUCUUGCACACGAUUUCAUUGGAUCUGGUAGUAGAUGAUUGCUGGGGAGAUGUUAGCAGGGUAGAGACACGCAAUUUCUGGCUUCAAGGGAUCAAGGAGGGCUUUGUUACAUCGCUUUUGGCAGGUCCCCCUUGCGAGACCUGGUCAAGAGCCAGAGGUGUCGCACUACCUGGCAAACGCUGUCCUCGGAUUAUCCGCAUCAUCGAAGCAUUAUGGGGAAUGGAGUCACUUUCACUUCGUGAACUACGGCAACUAGGUGUGGGAAACCUCUUGCUCUUGUUCACGAUCGAAGCUUUGGUUCAUCUUGCUAUCGCAGGAGGACAUGGCAUCCUAGAGCAUCCAGCGAUGCCAGAAGAUGAAGACCGGGCGUCCAUCUGGCGUUUGCCCCUGGUCAAUUUCCUCCUUACUUGGCCCGACUUCCGACUUGUCAGCCUAUCUCAAGGUCUAUGGGGUGCAGCUUCUCCGAAACCUACGAUGCUGCUCGCCUUGAACUUCCCGGACCUGGAGAAACAUUUGCUCUCAUGGCAGGUUGCCAAGGACUUGCCAAAGGGCGCAUCUAUAGGGAUGGACAAUUCUGGUCAAUGGGCCACUGCCAAGCUGAAGGAAUACCCACCUGCGCUUUGCGGUGGGCUCAGCGAGGCCUUCUUUGCUGUCCACCGUGCACAUGCCACGAGUACAGCUUUAGGUUUCAGCCAUGAGUUCCACUCCCGUUGCUCUCGCAUGGAAGUGACGAGCUUCGGUGAUGUAAUCGGACGCGAUUAC